AUGGCUGAUCGACGGGCAGAGUUGGAACGAAAGAAGGCGAGGCUGCAACAAAUGAGGGAAGAGAAAAAACGCAAAGAGGAGGAGAGAAAGCGACAAGCGGUGAUUUUUCGAGAACUUACUGAGGAGGAGAAGAAGCAGAUCAUUGGCAGCGAGGAGUUUGUCAAAUUUUUUGAUCGAACAAGCCGUGUAGUUGAACGUGCAUUGUCUGAAGAAAUUGACUUAUUCACCGACUAUACUGGUGGUGAUGAUCUUGAUAAGGAAAAGGAAAUGGAAGCUGGUGCCAAGCUAGCUUUGCAUCGUCAAUUCUAUGAUGAACGCUGGUCAAAACACCGUGUUAUCACUAGUAUGGAUUGGUCAACACAGUAUCCUGAGUUACUGAUGGCAUCAUACAACAGUAAUGAAGAAGCUCCUCAUGAACCAGAUGGUGUUGCCUUAAUAUGGAACAUGAAAUAUAAGAAAAAUACUCCUGAAUACAUCUUUCACUGCCAGUCUGCUGUCAUGUCAUCUGUAUUUGCCAGAUUUCAUCCCAAUCUCAUUGUCGGUGGAACAUACUCUGGUCAAAUAGUUCUGUGGGACAACCGAAGUAACAAACGUACACCGGUACAAAGAACUCCAUUAUCUGCUGCUGCACAUACAAAAAAAAGAUGUCUACACAAGGAAUGGCUAGCUAAUAUCGGUACAGAUUUUAAGCCAAAGUCAUACAGCCACAAUUAUGUUGUGUGUGAAAAUCAUUUCACAGAAGUUGAUUACCAAGGAAAUCAGACGAUCCUGACACAGCUUGGAUAUACACAAAAACGACUGAAACCUGAUGCAGUCCCCGUUAAGUACAUUUGUACUGCGAAAAAUGAAAGUAAAGCAGUACUCGACAGACGCAAUCGAAGAGCAAAAUGUGAUGGAAGGUGUGACUCACCAGUGUACUCCGCCAAGUAUGGUACAUACACUAUCAUGGAGCAAGAAAGUGGCAGUAUUCUUGACUUUCAAGUGGUCCAAAGUACUGAGACAGGUAGCUCUGUCAGGAUGGAAAAAGAAGGGUGCAAGAGAUCACUGGAAGUAAUGAAGGAAGUUCCUAUACCAGUUGCCACACUAGCAACUGACAGGCAAGUGCAGAUACGUUCAAUGAUAUCGAAAGAAUAUCCUGAAAUCCAACACCAAUUUGAUGUAUGGCACUUCAGCAAAAGUAUUAAAUAA